GAUCCUUCGGAACUGCUAAGAAAACUUCGCCACAAAGAAAAUCCAAAACUUCUCUCUCACCUCCGGAUAAAAUCUUCAAAUUCGAUUACAGAAAACCAGAAGAAGAAGAAGAGCGACAAUGGGUCGCGCAGUCAUCUCCCAGUUUCUCAAUCUCUCUACUACUUCACCUCGUUUCCCUUCUUCACUGUUAAAAGGUCAAAUUAAAAGUGGGUUUCUGAAAAAACCCCAACAAAUUCAUCCUCCCAAACUAAUUCUUCUUCAAAAUAGAACCAGUUCUCGUUGCUGCUGUAGCAAUGCUGCUCCUUCUGAAACUAAUGAUACUUCUGCAAGUUCUGAUUCUCCGAUUAGCUCUGUGAGGAAAAGGAUUGUAUCUGGAGUACAACCUACUGGUUCUGUACAUCUUGGUAAUUACCUUGGUGCCAUUAAAAAUUGGAUUACUCUUCAGAAUACCUAUGAAACAUUGUUCUUUAUUGUGGAUCUUCAUGCGAUUACUUUGCCUUAUGAACCAAAACAGCUUUCCGAAGCAACAAGGAGCACAGCAGCUAUUUAUCUAGCCUGUGGUGUUGACACCUCCAAGUCUUCGGUGUUUGUGCAGUCUCAUGUACGUGCCCAUGCAGAAUUAAUGUGGCUACUAAGUGCUGUUACACCAAUUGGCUGGCUGAAUAAAAUGAUCCAAUUUAAAGAGAAGUCUCGCAAGGCGGGAGAUGAAAAUGUUGGAGCUGGACUUUUGACAUAUCCUGUUUUGAUGGCUUCUGAUAUUCUCUUAUAUCAGUCGGAUUUUGUACCUGUUGGCGCAGAUCAGAAGCAACACAUGGAGCUCACCCGUGAGCUGGCUGAGCGAGUAAAUUAUCUAUAUGGAGGAAGAAAGUGGAAGAAAAUGGGAGGACGGGGUGGUUCGAUAUUUAAGGUUCCUGAACCCCUUAUACCACCAGCAGGAGCCCGAGUAAUGUCUCUGACAGAUGGGCUUUCGAAGAUGUCCAAGUCAGAUCCUUCUGAUCAGUCCCGAAUCAACCUUCUCGACCCUAAAGACGUGAUAAAAAGCAAGAUAAAGCGCUGCAAAACUGAUUCACUCCCUGGAUUGGAAUUUGAUAAUCCUGAUAGGCCAGAAUGCAACAACCUUCUGUCAGUUUAUCAGCUCGUUACAGGAAAAUCAAAGGAGGAAGUAGCAAGAGAAUGUCAUGAUAUGAACUGGGGAACAUUCAAACCCCUUCUUACGGAUGCUUUAAUAAAUCAUUUGCAUCCCAUUCAGGUUCGUUACGAGGAAAUCAUGUCUGAUUCAGCUUAUUUGGAUAGAGUUUUGCUGGAUGGAGCUUCUAAAGCAGCUGAUAUAGCAGAUGCUACUCUCAAUAAUGUUUAUCAAGCGAUGGGAUUCUUGCGAAGAUGAGAAGAAUCAAUACUGCAGCAAGAAUUGGUGCGAAGAGGUCAGUGAGAAAGCAACCUUAAAGUUUACUUUUGGCAGAUCCCAUUACUGCUUACAAGUUUUUGGACUAUUUUGAGAGCACUUUCUUGAUGAUAGGAAAGUAAAAAAUUAUUCAUUAGGGACCCACAUUGUGAUAAUUCUUUUAGGCAGGUACCUCAACCUCUCACUUUCUUGACAGCCUGCAAUUUCUCGUAUUCUUUUGCAUUCAUCUAUUUGGUUGCUGUAAUCUAUCUGCCUUAGUAGAGAAGAAAACACUGUUACCUGAAUGGCCAUUUGUCCAAAUCAUGAGAACUUUCACUUGGUAAUUCGUGGAAGGUGUCAAGAAAAGCUUCUUUUUAAGAUGAAUAUACAACUGGAAUAAAACUUCUUGUUAUAUCAAAUAAUCAUAUCAACUACUUCAAUCAUUUAA